GCGCUCUCCGGAAAUGGAAUGAGUAACAUGGCGUCAUACAGGGAAGACAGAACGAGAAAUCUUACAUCAAAUGCUGCUGGUGAUAUUUCUAAAAUCGACCUUCUGCUUCACCCGGAGCUCCUUUCUCAAGAAUUCAUUCAGCUCGUUUUACAUGAGAAAGGGAUACCGGUCGAUGAUGAUGUGGACCGUGACCGGCUCACAGAUAUGUACCUGCGGCAUGUCAUUCCUCUCCCGCAGAGAGAUCUGCCCAACACACGCUGGGGGAAGAGAAUGGAGAGGACCAGAGCGCGACAGAGCUCCACCACUGCACACAGUUCAAGCACAGAUAGUGGCAGGAAGAGGCCACUGAUCGUGUUUGAUGGCAGCUCUACCUACACUGGCAGUGUUAAGCUGAAGAAACAUGAUACCUCGCCAGCAGCUGUUACCACAGAUCGCCUGAAGCCCCCAGUGUCUAGUGUCAGUCUGUCAAACCCCAUUCGCAAGCUCUCUGGAUCCUCUUCAAAUGGUUCUUCCUCCUCAUCCUCAAAUUCCCACAAUAGGACCCCAGUAUCAACACCAGGAGCCAGCCCCAAGAGCCCUUCAGGCACCUGUAAUAUUUCUAACACUGCCAAUUCCCUGGUAUAUUCCAACAAUGCGACACCCAAGCUAAAGCGCACAGCCCCCAGUGAUGGAGAACCUCACAAUGCUAAGGACGUUAAGUCACCGGAUAUGAAGAAAAAGAUUCAGCAUAUCACUUGGCCAUAAUCUCUGAUCACAACUGAUGAUGGACCGUCAAUGCCACUGUUUGCUGGGCCAUAAUGAGACACCUGAACUCUAAAGAUUGGUUCUCCCAAGUACUUCAGACAACUCAGUAUGAAAUUUACCCUUCAUUUCAUUUUACUCCAGGAGACUCAUCAGCUUUAGACUUAAAGUAGUGUUGAUGGAACUGAAAUAUUCCUGGCAGUGGUAUGUUGGACUGAUCAAUUAACCAACAAGUGUCAACUGUGUACCCCCUUCUUCCCCUUUUUGGCAAUAUGUUUGUUGAUCUUCCUUGUGGUGAUUAAACUUUCCAAGUGUGUUGGCAAAUCAAACAAGCCAAGAGAAAUUGGAUUGCAAAUAGGAAUGCUCUUGGCCUGUGUUGGUCUGUGUCCUAACCAGGCACAAUGUGACCGUUUUCCAGCGACAAUUUGUCUUUGUGUCUGUCCACACUGAAGGUGAAUCUACUAUGUGACAUGACACAGUCACAGCCAAUUAGAACAUAGCUGAUGUUUAAAGUAAAAUUAUGAGGAAAAGGAUUUUUGGACCAAUGAGAUCACAGUGGGUGGAGCUACCAACACAAUGCCACAGAAAGCCCAUUUCUUGUCAGAGUUGCAUCUGGUUAGGACAAGAAAAAAAUUGCAGAAAUUACGGCUUUUAUCAAAUGUCGCUUUACCAUCACACACCUGGUUAGUGCAUGGUGUAUGGUUGUUGUGUUUUUACUGGCAUAGGAAGAUUUAGAUUAACUGAUUUAUCUGACUGUUUUUGAAAGCACAUUUUGUAUUUAUGGCCCCCACAAGGCCAAAAUGCAGUUCUGAAGUAGAUGUGUUGUGCAUCAUUCUUUUGAAGGAUUAACUGCAAAAGGAAAAUUAAAGACCCCAGGAAAUUCCAUAGCGAGCACUUUUUCUGUCCUGUGUUAAUGUAUUUGCUUUUUACAUAAGCAUUUGAGGUGGGACAUAUUGAAGGACUUGUCCCUUAAUGAAAAUAAUGAAACAUUAUUGACAUAAAAAUCAAUCUUAGUCCAUGCAAAUAUUUUUUGUUCUCAGCAUUGUGAAUUAUGGAGGGUUUUAUUGAAACAUAAUUUUUUGUUUUUAUUGCAACAAUCCUGGUUAAAAAAAAUAAAUAGCUGAGAGCAUUGAUAAUUGUUGUUGCAGUGAUAAGAAUGAGGGCCAAAAGUGUUGUUCAAGUACAGUUAUUAAUUAAAUUAUUCAUAAUUAAAACCCCAAAAUGCCAUGUUAAAGUAUAAAACAACUGCAGCUGUAUCAAGUGUGAUCAAGUAUCAAAGUGGUUUUGCUCCGAGUACAACACACAAGUUGAUACUGGACCAGUCAAAAUAGUUUCAGAAUUUUCCCUUUAUCACCUCUAUUCUGCUUUUAAACACUCCACUCCAUCAAGGUUAUCAUUUAUGACACACAAGCAGAAUGAAUGUCUGUACAGAUCGUUCGUAAAACGUAAAACUAAACUUUAAAGGGAUACAUCGAAGAUGUGUGUGACUUUUCUUUUUCUGCUGAACACAAAGAUUUUUAGUAGAAUAUUUCAGCUCUGUAGUUUCUUGCAAUAAAAGUGAAUGGUGGCUAGAACUUUGAAACUCCAAAAUCCACAUAAAGGCAGCAUAAAGGUAAUCCAUAUGGUAAUCCAGUGGUUAAAUCAAUAUCUUCAAAAGCAAAACAGAUCAACAUUUAAAUCCUUUUGACUAUAAAUCUCCAAUUUUAAACAGCCCUCCUAGGGGGCCUGGGAAACUCAGCGACUAUUGACGCUGACUUCCACCUCUGGAGGUCAAAUCCAGGGCAUGCUGAGUGACUCCAGCCAGGUCUCCUUAGCAACCAAAUUGAAAGCAGUCACAUGGAGUAACCUUGUUGUCACUAUAAUGUGUGGUUCUCGCUCUCGGUGGGGUGCGUGGUGAGUUGUGCAUGGAUGCUGCGGAGAAUAGCGUGGGCCUCCACAUGCUACGUCUCCGCGGUAACGCGCUCAACAAGCCACGUGAUAGGAUGCGUGGAUUGAUGUUCACAGACGUGGAGGCAACUGAGAUUCGUCCUCCGCCAUCCGGAUUGAGGUGAGUCACUACGCCACCACGAGGACUUGGAGCGCAUUGGGAAUUGGGCAUUCCAAAUUGGGGAGAGAAUAAAAAACAGCCUUCCUAAGCACACUCCUAUCAUAUUGCUUCUGAAGAUAGGUAUUUAACCACUGGAGUCUUAUGGAUUACUUCUGUUGCCUUUAUGUGCUUUUCGGAGCUUCAAAGUUUUGGUUACCAUUCACUUGCAUUAUAUGGACCUACAGAGAUAAAAUGUUCUUCAAAAAAACUUUAUUUGUUUUCAGCAGAAGAAAGUCAUACAUAUCUGGUAUGUAAAUGAUGAGAGAAUUUUAAUUUUGGGGUGGACGAUCCCUUUAAGUACGAAUAGUUUUACAAACGUACACAGAAAAUCGGUCUGCUUGUGUUUCAUGAAUGGGACCCACAGACUGUUGCCGCACUCUUUUAGAAGUUUACAGCUGAAUUUCUUGAAAUUUUGUUAAACUAUCUAUGUAUUACCAAAUCUCAUCAAUCUACUAUACAAAACCAGUUCACAUGUGAUUGUACUUGUCUUUUUAAUUCAAACUGUGAAUAGCAAUAUGAAAUAAAUAGUCAACAUUUUUUGGUACAGGUAAUGUAGACAUUUUGCAUAUUGUGCCAAGGGUGAAUGUUGUUUUGCAUGGUCAUUGUACAACACUAGAUGCCACUA